AAACAAGGCAAUACAACAAUCUGUUCUGCCCACCCUGCUAAAGCUGUUUUUGAAAAGCAGUAACUUUCAGAAAGCAUGUUUAAAGGGAUAUUUCUUUGUGUAUUAUUUGCUGUGCUAUCUGCAAAUUCAAUGGCACAUCUAAGACGCUCUGCAGAUGCAAGGAGUGAUGAGAUUAAAAAACGAGACAUCCAGAAAAUUAGUCAUUCUUUAGGUAAAGCUUUACAGCAUGCUAUGAAAGCGGGACGCCUACAAAAACGGGAAGCCAAUGACAUGGAUUUAGAUCGUCACUCUGCUGAUGAAUUUGAAAAUCCUCUGAAACGAGAUUAUACAAUACGUACAAGAUUACAUUGAAGUUGAACAAUAAGAGGAUUCAUUUAAAAAUAUCCAGACCUACAGAAAUAUCAACCUGUUUCUGCAAAAGGAUAAAUAAACUGAAUUGAGCAAACUGAA